AUGAGUGCUGCUAAUUCGCCUGCUUCAAGUUUAGCACCUUCCCCAUUACAAAUGAAUAAUACAAGUGCUUCAACUCCUGCAAUCACCCCUAGACCUUCUGGUCAACCUAUUGCAAAGAUUGUUACUUCAAGAGAAUGGGUAUUACCUCCAAGACCAAAACCUGGUAGAAAACCAAGUGCUGAUACUCCUGCUACAAAGAGGAAAGCUCAAAAUAGAGCUGCUCAAAGAGCUUUUAGAGAAAGAAGAGCUACAAGAGUUGCUGAAUUAGAAGAAAAAUUAAGUGAAGUGGAAAAAGAAAGAGAUAUAAAUGAAUUAAAUUUGAAAAAUAUAAUUAAUAAAUUACAAAUGGAGAAUAAAUAUUUAUUAAAAAAUUUAAAUGAUGUUAAAAAUGAAUAUUCAAAUUUUAAACAAUCAAUAAAUCAAAAUGGUCAACAAAGUCAACAUCAAAGUAUAAAUAAUGGUUCAAAUCAUUCAUCUCCUGCUGUUUACUCCAAUGGUACUGUAAAUGCUCCAUCUCCAUUAAAUUAUUUCAAACCUUCAACUUCUCAAGCAAAUACACCUCAAAUACCACAACAAUAUCAAACCCAACAGCAUCAACAUCAACAUCAACAGCAUCAACAUCCACAUCCACAUCCUCAUCCACAUCAAAGAUCAUCAUCUCAAGUCAUUUCUCCUGCAUAUUCAAACUCUCCAAAUUCUUCAAGUUCAAAUAAUAAUACCCCAUCAACUCAUAAAACUUCAGUUUCAUCACAAAAUAACUCAACUGCUCCACAACAACAACAACAACAACAACAACCUACGGAUAAUUAUGACUGUGGUGUUUGUAUUAAAGAUGAUUGUAUUUGUGAAUCUGUUGGUCUUAGACCUCCAAGAAAUCAACAACAAGUUCAACAACAACGUUUAUUACAACAAGAACAAUUUCAAAAUCCAAAAAUUGAAAAUAUUGAUUCUUUCCAACCUAUGGCUCCUGUUUCAUUAAAAAGAAAACAACCUUCUGAAUCAAUUGAAAUUGAUUAUACUUCUAAAUUUGCCAAAUCAAAUAAUCAAUUAAAAGGUAAAAAACCAAUGCCAAAAUUUAAAAAAUUGAAAAAAGAAACUAAUACUGAUCAAAUAUCAGAUGAAGCUAAAAAUUUUACAACAAAUGUAUUUGAUAAUUCAAAUUCAAAUUUUGAAUCACCAAUGGAACAAUGUGGAUUCUGUUCAGAUGAUUCACCAUGUGUUUGUCGUGAAGCUGCUAAGGAAGCUGCAUCAGCUAUAGCAGAAUUACAAAACCAUGAUCAUAGAAGAGAUUCCACCUUACCACCAAUUCGUAAUGGAUCUAUUGUUCAACAAUCAAAUCAAAAGCAAAAUAAUCAUAUUGAUUCUAAACCAAAUAAAUUACCAGUAUUACACCCGGGUCCAACAGUGGAAAUUAGUGAAAUUCAUAGAUCAAGUAUUUCUACACCAAAAGCAACAGAUUCAAUUGAAGAUUCAAAAAAACAAUUAGGUGAUGUUACUUCUACAGAAACCAAAACAAAUAAUGGAGGAGGUUGUACAGGUAAUCCAGGUACUUGUAAUCAAUGUCAAUUAGAUCCAAUGUCCACAUUAUUUUGUACAACAAUUGCAAGUAAAGCUGAAGAAGAUGAACAAGAUAAAGAGGUUAAGGAACCAACCACCAACGGUAUGAAUAGUAUUGAAAGGGCUAAAUCUGAUUCUUUGAAAAAACCAUCACCUGUUAGUCCACCUUUAUCAAAUGUUUCAUCAAAAGUUUCAUCACCUUUAACUGUUUCUUUACAAGAGGAGGAAUUAAAUUCAUUACAUAAAACUACAACAAAUUUAGGUUCCAAUUCCAAUUCUAAUUCUAAUGGUAAUAAUUCAACACCUGGUUCAAGUUCAAAUUUAAUUCCUGGUUCAAUAUUAGAUCAACAAAAAGGUAUUUUCAUACCAUGUGCAGAUGCUUAUAAAACUUUAAGUCGUCAUAAAGAAUUUAAUUCAGUUGAUUUUAGUACCUUGGUUGGGAAAUUAACUACAAGAGGUAUGCAAGUUGAAGUUCAAAGUGUUGCUAAUGUUUUAAGAGAAUUAGAUAGAAGAUUAUACAAUUGA